GAAGGCCAACUUUUUGGCGUUGGCUUUGGCGAAGCCCUGGGUCCCUGGGUCCCCGAAGGGGAGCCACAGGUGACCCUGCCCGGGCCUGGAUCUUUUGCGCUGCGUUCGCCAGCGAGCUUUUUUUUUUUGCAAACGGUUGCACCCGGCUUCAUUCAAGGGGAUGCAACGGCAGAGACCCAGAGAAGUAGCGCUCCCUUGGAUUUGCACGCCAUGCUGAACCCGAGGACGGGGCUGCGGGGAGCAGCGGGCCCGUGACCUUGACCGUGACCAGCCGCUGCUCCUCACCUGGGUCCUCCCAGUCCAGCCGGGCGGCCGCCAGACACACAGGGCCUGGGCGAGCCUCCAGCAGGUGCUGUGACGCGGUCCGUGUCAUUUGGAGACGAGGAAGAUCCUAUGGCUGUAGCUGGCUGUCCAGACUCCUUCUUGCACCAUCCUUACUACCAGGACCAGGUGGAGCAGACAUCGCCUCACCGGCCGCAGAGUCUGGGAGGACCGGCCUUCCCGGCGCAGUCCGAGCGGCUCGCCAACCACCAAGAGGAUGACGUGGACCUGGAGGCCCUCGUGAAUGACAUGAGCCUGUCCUUGGAGAGUCUGUGCUCGGCGUGUGGCAUGCAGUCGGAGACGACGCCCCUCCUGCAGAACGGCCAGCACACCCGUGGUCCGCCGCCGCCCUCUGCAGCCAGGUGCAUCCAGCCGCAGCUGUCCCCGCGGCAGAAGGUGCAGCGUUCCCAGCCCGUGCACAUCCUCGCCGCCAGGCGCCUGCAGGAGGAGGACCAGCAGUUCAGGACCUCGUCCCUGCCGGCCAUCCCCAACCCCUUCCCCGAGCUCUGUGGCCUGGAGAGCCCCCCUGUGCUCGCGCCCGGCUCCUUACCUCCCCGCCAGGACGUCGCCAAGCAGGAUGUCAGAGUCUUCAGCGAGGACGGCACGAGCAGGGUGGUGGAGAUUCUCGCGGACACGACGGCCCGGGACCUGUGCCAGUGGCUGGUGUACCGAAGCCACUGCGUGGACGACAACAGCUGGGCUCUGGUGGAGUGCCACCCGCACCUGGGGUUAGAGCGGUGCUUGGAAGACCAUGAGCUGGUGGUGCAGGUGGAGGGCACCAUGGCAAGCGAAAGUAAAUUUUUAUUCCGGAAGAAUUACGCAAAAUAUGAAUUCUUCAAGAACCCCACGAAUUUCUUCCCAGAGCAGAUGGUGACCUGGUGCCAGCAGUCAAACGGCAGUCAGAGCCAGCUCCUGCAGACUUUUCUGAAUGCCAGCAGCUGCCCUGAAAUCCAGGGCUUUUUGCACGUGAGGGAGCUGGGGCGCAGGUCCUGGAAGAAGCUGUACGUUUGUUUGCGGAGGUCCGGCCUCUACCAUUCCACGAAGGGAGCGUCGAAGGAGCCCCGGCACCUGCAGCUGCUGGCCGACCUGGAGGACAGUGGCGUGUUCUCCCUGACUGCCGGCCGGAAGCAGUACGGCGCCCCGACGGACUUCGGCUUCUGCAUAAAGCCGAACAAAGUCAGGAGCGAGGCCAAGGAGCUGCGGUUGCUGUGCGCCGAGGACGAGCAGGGCAGGACGUGCUGGAUGACGGCGUUCAGGCUCCUCAAGUACGGGGUGCUCCUGUACGAGAACUACCGCGUCCCGCAGCAGAGGAAGCCCGCGCCGUCCCCGUUCUCCACGCCGGUGCGCAGCGUCUCGGAGAACUCCCUCGUGGCCAUGGAUUUUUCUGGGCAGACGGGGAGAGUGAUCGAGAACCCGGCCGAGGCCCAGAGCGCAGCCCUGGAGGAAGGCCACGCCUGGAGGAAGCGAAGCACACGGCUGGGCGCCCUCGGUAGCCAGAGCCCCCUCCUCCCCUCCACCCUCAGCACAGUGAUCCACAGGACGCAGCACUGGUUCCACGGCAGGAUCUCCAGGGAGGAGUCACACAGGCUCAUUAAACAGCAGGGACUCGUGGACGGACUUUUCCUCCUCCGUGACAGCCAGAGCAAUCCAAAGGCAUUUGUUCUCACACUGUGUCAUCAUCAGAAAAUCAAAAAUUUCCAGAUCUUGCCUUGCGAGGAGGACGGGAAGCUGUUCUUCAGCCUGGACGAGGGGAAGACCAGGUUCUCCGACCUGAUCCAGCUCGUGGACUUUUACCAGCUGAACAGAGGAGUCCUGCCUUGCAAGCUGAAACACCACUGCAUCCGAGUGGCCUUAUGACCUCAGAUCUCCUCUUGGCCGAAGGCGGGAGGAAGCUGACACUGGACGGGAGAGGUCUGCGCGUUGUUCCGGACACACGCCUGUCUGCGCUCCGGGGACUCGGAGCCAGAUCUGUUCGUUCGGUGGCGGCCGACCACGGUGGACGAGCUGGUUGGACUUGGCGAUGAGUUGCUGCUGCAGACCCGGCGGUCGCCUCCCUCCGCGCCAGCCUCCCCGGGGAGGCGUGAGAGCGAGCGCAGGUUCGAGAAGAAGCUGGAACGACCGCCGUGGCCGGGCCUCGGAGGCGCGCGACACGGAGACAAGUGAUAGGACCUGAACUCUUGCCCUGGAAUAAUCUUGACGAUUAAACUGAUAUGUU